AUGCCCUCGACCAGCAACACCAGCAGCAGCCUCACGCCGACCUUCCUCAUCCUCCUCGCCAUCUCCACCCUAGGCCCACUGCUCUUCGGCUUCCACCUCGCAGAACUUAACGCCCCUUCCAAAGUCCUGACAUGUCAAGAUGGAAAGAACCUCCGUCCCAACCAUGACCCUUCUUCCUUCCUCCCGCCCUGCAUCCCCACGAGCCCGUCCCAAUUCGGCCUCAUCACCUCCUCCUUCACCCUCGGCGGUCUCCUCGGCGCCCUCUCCUCCGGUCCCGUGACUGCUUCUCGCGGCCGACUGCCCACAAUGGUCUACGCCUCCCUCUUCGCCAUCAUCGGGCCCAUCUGCGAGGCUUUGGCGCCCAGUAUCAUGCUCUUGACGGCGGGGAGACUGCUCUCGGGGAUUGGGGCGGGGGCGGCGACGGUCGUGGUGCCGAUUUACAUUGCGGAGAUUUGUCCGCGAGGGAAGAGUGGGUUGUGGGGGAGUGCGACGCAGAUCAUGACGAAUUUGGGGAUUCUGAUUGCUUUGGUGUUGGGCUUGUUUUGGAGUAGACCCGGGUGGUGGAGAUGGAUUCUGGCGGCGGGAGGGGUCAUUGCGGGGUUGAUGAUGGUUGGAUUGUUGGUAGGGGGUGUGGAGAGUCCUGUGUGGUUGAAGGAGAAGGGGAGGGAGGAGGAAGCUAGACGGGUGGAGAGGAGGAUUCGUGGGGAUGGCGGUCCUGAGGUGGUGGUGGAACAAGGGGAGGAACAGACGACACUAUUGGGAGACGGCGAUUCUUCUUCUCCUUCUCCUCCAGCAAAGUCCACCCUCGGCCCUUGGGGAGUGCUCAACGACGCGGAAAGCAGAAGAGCAGUCUUUGCAGUCUGCAUGAUGAUGCUCGCCCAACAAUUCACCGGCAUCAACUCCAUCAUCAUGUACGGCGUCUCUCUCCUCUCCACCAUCCUACCCACCUCCUCCACCGCCCUCAACAUCUUCGUCGCCGCCCUCAACCUCGUCGUCACCACCUCCUGCGCCCCCUUAUCCGACUCCCUCGGCCGCAAAACCUGCCUCCUCCUCUCCAUCACCGGCAUGGGAAUCUCCUCCCUCCUCCUCGCCAUCUCCAUCAUCCACGUCAUCCCUGCUCUCAGCAUCGCCGCUGUGAUAGCUUUCGUCGCUUCGUUUGGUUUGGGGCUGGGUCCCAUUCCCUUUAUUCUGGCCAGUGAACUAGUGGGGAGUGAGGCAGUCGGUGCGACGCAGAGUUGGGCGUUGGCUGUGAGUUGGUCGGCGACAUUUGUCGUCGCGCAGUUCUUCCCCGUUUUGAAUGUGUGGUUGGGCGGCGGCAGGGUCUAUUUCCUCUUUGCGGGAAUGGCGCUGUUUUUUGCGUUGUUUGUGCGUUUCUUCGUUCCCGAGUCAAGGGGCAUGAGGGAUGCCGAUGAGGUUUGGGGGAGAAGGAAAGGGAGUGCCCUGGAGGAUUGA